AUGGCAGCCCUGGCGGCCCGAGUAGCCAGGCAGCGUGCGGCCGCCGGAGGCCUUGGCUCCAGCCAGAAGGCCGUGAAGUACUUGGGCCAGGACUUUGAGACCUUGAGGCGGCAGUGCUUGGACUCGGGAGUCCUAUUUAAGGACCCAGAGUUCCCAGCGUGCCCGUCAGCUUUGGGCUACAAGGAUCUUGGACCUUGCUCCCCCCAGACUCAAGGUGUUGUCUGGAAGCGGCCCACGGAAUUGUGCCCCAGCCCUCAGUUUAUCGUUGGAGGAGCCACACGCACAGACAUCUGUCAGGGUGCCCUGGGUGACUGCUGGCUCCUGGCGGCCAUUGCCUCCCUCACCUUGAACCGAGAGCUGCUGCACCGCGUGGUCCCCAGGGGCCAGAGCUUCCAGGAGAACUACGCGGGAAUAUUUCAUUUUCAGUUCUGGCAGUAUGGAGAGUGGGUGGAGGUGGUCGUGGAUGACAGGCUCCCCACCAAGGAUGGAAAGCUGCUCUUCCUGCAUUCCGAAGAAGGCAGUGAAUUCUGGAGCGCGCUGCUGGAGAAGGCCUAUGCCAAGCUCAACGGUUCUUAUGAGGCUCUCACUGGAGGGUCCACGGUGGAGGGGUUUGAGGAUUUCACAGGUGGCAUCUCUGAGUUUUAUAACCUGAAGAAGCCGCCGGCCAGUCUGUUCCAGACCAUCCGGAAGGCCCUCCGCUCGGGGUCUCUGCUGGCCUGCUCCAUUGACGUCUCCAGUGCGGCCGAAACGGAAGCCAUCACCAGCCAGAAGCUGGUUAAGGGUCACGCAUACUCUGUCACUGGAGUCGAAGAGGUGGAUUUCCAGGGCUGUCCAGAGAGGCUGAUCAGACUCCGGAACCCGUGGGGCGAAGUGGAGUGGAAGGGGGCCUGGAGCGACGAUGCACCGGAGUGGAAUUACAUAGACCCCAGGCAGAAAGAACAGCUGGACAAGAAAGCCGAGGAUGGAGAGUUUUGGAUGUCUUUUUCGGAUUUCUUGAGGCAGUUCUCUCGGCUGGAGAUCUGCAACCUGUCCCUGGACUCACUGAGCAGCGAGGAGGUGCGCAAAUGGAACCUGGUGCUGUUCAAUGGGUGCUGGACUCGGGGCUCCACGGCUGGCGGCUGCCAGAACUACCCAGCCACUUACUGGACCAAUCCCCAGUUCAAAAUCCAUUUGGACGAGGUGGAUGAUCACCAGGAGGAGAAAAUCGGCGAACCCUGCUGCACGGUACUGCUGGGGCUGAUGCAGAAGAAUCGCCGGCGACAGAAGAGGAUGGGACAGGGCAUGCUCAGCAUCGGCUAUGCUGUCUACAAGCUGGCGAGUCACACGGACGUGCACCUGGGCCGGGACUUCUUCCUGGGCCGCCCGCCCGCCGCCCGCUCCAGCACCUACGUCAACCUGCGCGAGGUGUCGGCGCGCGUGCGGCUGCCUCCCGGGGAGUACGUGGUGGUGCCGGCCACCUUCCAGCCCUUCCAGGACGGUGACUUCUGCCUGAGGGUGUUCUCGGAGAAGAAGGCCAAGGCCCUGGAAAUUGGGGAUGUGGUAGUUGGAAACCCACAUGAGCCACGACCCAGCGAGGUGGAGCAAGAAAACAGCCAGCUGAGGAGCCUGUUUGAGAAGUUUGCCGGGAAGGAUUCUGAGAUCAGGGCCAAUGAACUCAGGACAGCUCUGAAUGAAGUGUUUUCCAAACGAACAGACAUCAAAUUUGAUGGAUUUGACAUCAACACUUGCAGAGAGAUGAUCAGCCUGAUGGAUAGCAAUGGGACAGGCUCCCUGGAACUGGUGGAAUUCAAGACGCUCUGGUUGAAGAUCCGGAAGUAUCUGGAGAUCUUUCGGGAGACUGAUCAUAACCACUCGGGGACUAUUGAUGCCCAUGAGAUGAGGACAGCCCUCAAGAAGGCAGGUUUCACCCUCAGUGACCAGGUCCAGCAGACCAUCGCCAUGCGGUAUGCAUGCAGCAAACUCACCAUGGACUUUGACAGCUUCGUUGCUUGUAUGAUCCGCCUGGAGACCCUCUUCAAACUGUUCAGACUUCUGGACAAGGACCAGAAUGGCAUUGUCCAGCUCUCUCUGGCUGAGUGGCUGUGCUGUAUGUUGGUGUGA